CCUGCCAAAAUGGCGCAGGCCCGCCACAGGCGUCGGUCUCCUGUUUACUUCCGGUUGCCCCGCGGCAACUUUGUACCGUGAUUGCGCGUGCGCGGGGUUCGUGCGCGUCCACCAAAGCCCACCUGUAGCGACGAAGGUAGACUUCUCUCCUCUUUUCUGCGGACAUGAAGCUUCCGGAUUACCUUUACACGCGCAUGUGGCGCCCCGUGCGCAGCUGGACCGCGGCGUCGCGAGACGACUGAGUGUUUUUGGGUUUUUUUUCCUCUCCCGCCGGAGAAAAGCGGAGGAUGGAUGGAGAACAUUCUGGAGUGGCGAGGGAGAGAGACAAGCUACCACCGAUCUCCUCUCCGACUGGACCAUCGGCCCGCGGAGCCAAGCAGCCUUUGCCGUCUCUCGGGACUCUCAUUGCCACACUCAACCACAGGAGGGACAUGACGGGGCGGGCGGUGGCCGCCGGGGUGGCCACGAUGUUGAGCAGUACGGCAGGCUUCAAGCACGUGCGCGAGCUGCCGCCAAUAUGCAGCGACGUCCGCCACAAGCAGCGAGCAUCUAUCGACACGCUGCCCCCGGAGGUCAAAGCUCCAUUCCCAUGUGACCCUGUCAUCCCGCUUCGCACCAAGACCGCCAAAGACUUCCUGGAGGACGUGGAGCGUGCCAUGCUGUCAGGUGACUGGCGGGACGUCCGGGAGUUUUACCUGACCACAUUUGACUCCUUCAUCGAGCUCAACGCCGCAUUCAAGCGAGACCCCAACGGCUGCUUCGACACCAUUGAUGACUCGGGGGUCAACGCCAAGUUUGUCAAUGUGGUCUACGACUCGCUGCUCAGCACUCCACAGGACAUCCAGAAGUCGGUGCUGAAAGGGAUCAUCAACAGUCUGCUGCGGGAGUGGAAGGGGCCUCGGACUAAAGACGACCUGCGUGCUUACUUCAUCCUGGUUCAGAACCCUCAGUACUCCAGCACCAGCACCUACGUGAUCUACGCUCACUUGUUGAGGCAGAUGGCGUCGUUGUCCGAGGCCGACCAUCACUUCCUGGUUCACUGGCUCAAAAAGUUGUCGGCCCGGCGUUUUCGUCAGCUGGUAGAGCGCCUCCUGCAGUUCAUCUCCACUCGACUGUUUCCUGCAGAGCCUGACGAGCUCCCUCCGGCGUCCAAGUGCUCGUGGUGGAUCCCAUCGGCCACCAAAGUUCUCGCCCUCUUCAACGCAGCCAACAGCGUGGCGUCUCCUCCCAUCAUGCCUUUCACCGACUUCUACAACAUCGCUCUGGAGCACAUCGACUUCAUGGAGGAGUACAGGACCUGGCAGAGCUACGGCAACUCCAACCGGUUCUCCUUCUGCCAGUUUCCCUUCAUCCUGUCCACAGUGGUGAAGAAAGCCAUCAUCCAGAAGGACUCGGAGCAGCAGAUGAUCAGCCAGGCCAGGCAAAGUCUGGUGAGCAAAGUGUCGCGGCGUCAGCGCGUGGACAUGAACCUCCUCUUCCUCAACAUUAAAGUACGACGGGCACAGCUCCUCGCUGACUCGCUGGACGAGGUCAGUGUUCAGUUGACCAGGAAGCGGUGCGACCUGAAGAAGAAGCUGAGAGUGACGUUUGUCGGGGAGGCGGGCCUUGACAUGGGGGGGCUGACCAAGGAGUGGUUCUUGCUGCUCGUCCGUCAGAUCUUCCACGCGGACUACGGAAUGUUCACCUACAUGAAGGACUCGCGCUGUCAUUGGUUCAGCAGCUGGAAGUGUGACAACUAUUCUGAGUUCCAGCUCAUUGGGACUCUGAUGGGCUUGGCCGUUUACAACAGCAUCGCUCUUGACAUCCACUUCCCUCUCUACUGUUACAGGAAGCUGCUCACUCCGCCCACCGUGCCAUGUGACCAGAAUGCCCUUGUUGGCAUGGCGACCGCCACCUUGGACGACCUGCAGCAGAUCAUGCCGGAGCUGGCUCACGGUUUGGAGGAGCUGCUGAACUACGACGGGAACGUGGAGGAAGACUUUUACCUGACAUUCCAGGUGUGUCAGGAGGAAAUGGGUGUAGUCAAAUGGUACAACCUAAAGCCAGGUGGAGACAAGAUCCCUGUCAGCAAACACAACAGGAAGGAGUAUGUCCAUCUCUACGUGGACUUCCUGCUCAAUAAGUCCAUCAGCAAGCAGUUUGCUGCCUUCUACCACGGCUUCCACAGCGUGUGCGCCUCUGAUGCACUCAUGCUGCUGCGUCCGGAGGAGGUGGAGAUGUUGGUGUGUGGAAGUCCUCAGGUGGACAUGAGCGCUCUGCAGAGGAACGCCCACUAUGAAGGCUACAGCAAGAAUGAUGCCACCGUCAGGAGUUUCUGGGAGGUGGUGCUGGCGUUCCCACUGGAGCUGCAGAAGAAGUUACUGCACUUCACCACAGGAAGCGACCGCAUUCCUGUGGGAGGAAUGGCCGACCUGAACUUCAAAAUCUCCAAACUGGAUGCCCCCACCGACUGGUUGCCCGUGUCGCACACGUGCUUCAAUCAGAUCUGCUUGCCGCCGUAUCGCAGCAGGAAGGAGCUCAAACACAAACUGACCAUCGCCAUCUCCAACGCCGAAGGCUUCGGCCUCCAGUGACCCGCCUCCCUUCCCCGACACGCCCCCGCCCCCCACCUUUUGUUUGUUUGCGACUUUUGACGCCGUGCCUUUGUUGUUUUAAAAGGCACAAUAUGUAACACGAGCACCUCAACACGUUAGCUGUAGCGCUAGUACACGUGUAAAUAGACAUGGCUACAUGCUAAGGAAGUUAGCAUAUUGUGACAUGUGGCUAGCUAGCAGAAAGCGUCGAUGUUUGCCAUCGUGUCGUGUAGUCUUUGAUUGACAGCGGCCUCUUAGCUUUAGCAUUACUUAGCAGCAGGCGUGUAGAGAAAUGACGACUACAAGAGCAAAGUUUGGGUGCUGGGCUGGUUUCCAUGGUAACGGAUGUUGGCUGCCAAGCAAUGUGGGUCACAGUACCUCACACACACACACACACACACACACACCAGUCGCUCUCAAAGCUUCUUUUGUCUCACCCAAGUCCUGACUAGAACCCAACCACACAAACGUGUGAACAGGAAGCAGUAUUUGCAACUUCCUGUUUGAGCUCAGACGCCUGCGUGUUGCCUUUCUUUAGUUUGCCUUGUUGUGCUUGUCCUAUAUUGACCUUAAGACUUGCUCCCUUUCACUGCUUAUUUAUUAAAAAGAGACGUGAACGUGCAUAACGAUCUAAGCCCGCUUUAUUUUGGCCCUCGCCAUGCUUGACCUGCUGAAUCGAGUCGUCCCUCGCUGCAUCGCGGUUCGAAUAUCGCUCCCUCUCUCGAUUGCGUUUUUUCAAAAAUGUAUUAAUUAAUAAAUGUUUCGUGCUUGAAAUAUUGAACUCCAAGUAAUUCAAUUUUGCCUUGGCUUGCAUUCGCCGGCUUGUUUAUCGUCUAAAAUACCGUCAGGUUUGUUUACGCCGCCGUCUUGGAUCACGCGGAAUCUUGCGACACGUGAUCGUGCAAUGCAUUGUGGGCGGUGGGCGGCAUUUUUACAGCAACAUCGUUUUCUGCUGCCAGUGAGACAUACACAAUGUAACAAACAAAAGAGAAAGGCAAGCAAAGGGUGCCUAUUAUUUACGUACAUAUUGACCACAAUUUGUUUGAAAACAAUUUGUUUUAUUUUGCUAAACAUGCACCGGAAUCGACUGUCUGCCCUGUUGGCACUUGCUCAUGUGUGACCAGAAGAAAGUAUCUUGUGUUGACGUUCACUUUGUUCCUUAUUAUUGCAAGAAUGAAAAAUUGUCUGUAAAAUGUAGAGUCAGUUUGUCACAGGCUGAGCCUGUCUACGUCAGCGUGUGUGAUCGCUCACUUUUCAGUCCCAUUCCACUUCCUGCCAUCUUUAUUUACACAUUUUGCCUGGCUCUCACUGCCUCUCUGGCGGCAGCUACCUAAGCUCAUCUUUGUCCCACGGGCGAGCCACAAAUGGCUAUCACGUUCAUGCUAGCUUACUUUUUUAAGUGUCACUUAGUCCUGCUCUCUUGUUAUCAUUACAAUACUUAUGGUUUGUGUUCAAAACACUAGUUGUGUGUCCAAGUGGUUCAACAUAAACACGUAGUGUUUCCAGCUUUAGACAGUGACGCUAUCACAGGGAUCUCCAACAGGUAGCUCGUAAGCUAGCAGUAGCUCACCAGCUGAUGUUGAUUAGUCCGCCAAUGAAUUUACUAUAUUUAUAAGUGUUCUAUUCAAACAUGAUGCUUGUAUUUAAUGACAAAUGAGCACACUGGAGAUGUGCUUUGUAAAUAAAGUACAAUUUAAAUGUUGGCAGUCACAUAAAACAAACAUAGCUCACCUCUCCUUUCUUUUUGUCGAAGUAGCUUUAAAGGAAACGUGCACCCAUCAUCCACAAUCCUUAUGUGAGACUUGAACACGUCUCUCUCUUUUCUGUGCGUUCUAAAGAUAUAAAAACAGCUAAAAAGAGGCAGCUAAUGGAUGCACCUAUUCCACCUAUAAAGCCUUCUGAAAAAGCCUCCAAAAAGCGCCAACAACGCUGCAUUUACAUAAUGUGAGCUACAUAUCAACCAAGCUACAGAGGCAUUAUUAUUAUUAUUAUUAAUAUUGUUACGCCACAGGCUCGCUCACAAUGCCUCAGGCCAUUAGCAAAAGGUAAAGCUACACAUUGGAGCUGCCGCCACUGCUGCUGUGUUUUUGUUUUUGAGCUUGGGAAAGUUAACGCUAGGUGUAGCGUUCCUUUGUACGUUGCUAUGUGAAAUCAAUGCACCCAGGAAGGAAGUUCCACUCAUGUUUAAAAUGACCAAAGUAUUACAUAUUGGUGAUAACGUACUACACGUUAUCACCAAUAUGCCUGUGACUACAUGCUCACAAGCAUGGAUUUAAAACCAUGAAACAUUUCUGGAGGUGUUUUAAUAGUGGGCUUCCUAGGCGGAAUCGUUGUGUCCCAUUACGUGCAUUGAUGAGCUGCCUCUUUUUAGCUGUUUUUAUAUCUUUAGAAAGCACGGGAAAGAGAAAGACGUGUGUUCAAGGAUUGUGCAUGACAGGCAAAAUUCCCGAAAAAGUGCAUUUUUCAUUUAACAGUGGUACAAGUUGGAUACACCCGUGCGAUCAUAACCCUGGACUCUGAAUUUGUACUGUUUUGUACAGGACAGAUUUCUGGAACAAAAAUAUUUAACUUAUUUUAUUUUGUUAAUUGUGUUAUUUUGAACAAAAACAUAUAUUCCCGGACGAUUCAUUUCCGAUGUAUUUGAAUUACUCUAAAGCAGGCAACAAAUUAAAUUUAGUUUUGUGUCAAAUAGUACAAAAUGUUAUACUUUUGUACUAGACACAUACUACUACAGUACUGGGCUAAAUAGGUCAGGUAACUAAAACAGGCUCAACAUUUUAGACUCUCAGCAACUUUGGCAUGAAAUGAACAGUUUUCCAAUGUUCUCAAUUCAUGUUCUGCUGGUUGUCGAAAGAAGUUAAAUAAGUUAAGUCAUGAAAAUUAGUUGUCAUAAUAAAAAAAUAUAUAUAUAUAUAUAUGCAGACGCAGCAGCGGCACGACACAGCGGCGACAGUCUGCCCCCCAUGCAGCCCACCACCACAGCUUCAAAAAAAUCCCAAGGUAAAUCCUGUUACCCUUAGCUUCAUUGAUUCCAUUAUUUAUUAAUACGCACCGCUCGCACUGUUUGCCCUUAGGUUGCGGUGCUUUUAUGGAAUUUAAAUUAGUCCAAUUUCACAGCAGCACUUUGGUUUUUUUUGGUGAAAUUGCUGUUAUAUGGUUGUCCUUUUUUGUCCGAGGGUGUUGACUACAGGUAAAAUGAUGUUAUAUGUUCACUUCUCCAUUUCACAUGUCAUGUUUGUGGCAUUGUUUACUUCAUGUAAAACUGUGACAUGUUAAAAAGCCUUUAACAGACCUCUCUGCAUCGAUUUUUUUGUUGCAUGAGUGCAGAAACAGUUUUAAAAAAGGGAUUGCCCUGCAAGCCAAGCAU